AUGACCAUCUCCUCGCGCAGCGGAUCCGCCUCAAACGCUGCCAGCUCGGCCCCCCUAAACUUUUCAUCCACAAUCAUCUCUCAACUCGGGCCCGAUAACACCACAGUUCAGAACAUUGGUUUCGGGACGGUGGUCAAUUGCUUUUACCUUCCAGGUUGCAUAGUGGGUGGGCUGCUGAUCGAUCGGAUCGGACGUAAACAAAACAUGACCCUCGGAUUCAUGCUCUGCGCCAUUUGGGGAUUCAUAUUGGGAGUAGCACUCCGCCCUAUCCAGUCUGUGUUCCCCUUAUUCGUUGUGAUGUAUGGCAUUUUCAACGCCUUCCAAGAGAUGGGUCCUGGCGUAUCGACGUUCCUCUGCGCCUCAGAGUCUUUUCCAACCCCGCUUCGAGACCACUUCAUGGAAUUGGCAGCAGCUAACUCUUUCGAUUUCACCUUCAAAGGUCAGCAGGCGGUGUUUUUGAUUGGUUCUGGGUUCGCUGUGCUAGGAGGCCUUUGUUCGUGGUUCCUAAUCCCGGACAUGUCCCGUGAGCUGGAGACCGAAGAUGCUCGGUUCAAGGCUUAUCUGGAAGAAAACGGGUACAAUAUCAGCCACUACGGGGAGGCGUUGUUGGUGGAGCGAAGAAAUUGA